AAAAGGAUCAAAGACAAAAUGAACCACCAAAAUUCCGAAUGAGCCUGUAGAAAUUUAAUGGUUCUCAAUUCAUCUUAAUUACACUAUAAAAGAGCUUCAAACCUUCACUUACCAUUUCAAACGCAAUAAAAAACACAAUAAAUUUAAAUUUAAAUAAAAAAGAAAAAGAUAAAAAGGGAAAAAAAUAAAAGAAAAUGAAAUAUAAUAUCAAGGUAUCAUUUGCACUUCUAUUGCUAUUUUUAGCAAGACUUGGAGACGCUCAGGCACCAACAUCUCAGCCAGCAGUGUUUGAUAUUACUAAAUAUGGCGCAACUAGUAAUGGAGAUAUCAGUAAGGCAGUGUUGGAUGCUUUUAAAGAGGCAUGUGCAUCAACAAGCCCAAGUACAAUAGUGAUACCAAAAGGCACAUUUCAAAUGGCUCAAGUGAAACUACAAGGUCCAUGCAAGGCACCUCUUGAACUUCAAGUCCAAGCCACUUUGGAAGCUAAUGAAGAUCCUAAACAACUCAGUGCUGACAUUGAAUGGCUGACUGUUAAUUAUAUUGAUCGUUUUACACUCUCUGGCGGUGGUACUUUUGAUGGCCAAGGUAAAGCAGCAUGGGCUCAAAAUAAUUGCAAGGAUUCCAAAAGUUGUGGCAAUCUUCCCAAUAAUUUGAGCUUCAACUUCCUUACAAAUUCCACAAUCCAAGACAUAACAUCACAAGACAGCAAACUCUUCCAUGUCAACGUGAACGGUUGCAAGAACUUGACAUUCAUCCGAGUUAACAUCACAGCUCCACCAGAAAGCAUCAACACCGAUGGCAUCCACGUGGCACGAUCGAGCAACGUAAACAUCACGGAUUGUAUCAUUGGCACUGGAGAUGACUGUAUUUCUGUUGGUGAUGAAUUGGAACAACUUCAUAUCACUAGAGUUACUUGUGGACCUGGACAUGGUAUUAGUGUUGGAAGCCUUGGAAAGACUUCUGGUGAAAAGCCUGUGGUGGGAGUUUAUGUGAGGAAUUGCACAUUUAUUAAUACUGAUAAUGGUGUUAGGGUAAAGACAUGGCCAGCUUCUCAUCAAGGUGUUGUCACGGAUUUGCACUAUGAAGAUAUCAUUGUACAAAAUGUUACCAACCCUAUUGUCAUUGAUCAAGUCUAUUGCCCAUACAAUCAGUGCAACAAAGAUUUGCCAUCACAAGUGAAGAUAAGCAAAGUGAGCAUAAAAAAUGUAAGGGGUACAUCAAGAACACAAGAUGCAGUGCUGCUACUGUGCAGUAAAGGAGUACCAUGUGAAGGAGUUGAAGUUGGAGACAUAGACAUUGCCUACAAUGGAAAGGAAGGACCAGCUAAGUCUAGGUGUGAGAAUGUCAAGCCAACUCUUGUGGGGAAGCAAAAUCCACCAGUUUGUGCUGGAGCUCAGUCUGCUUGAGUCCCAAGUUUUGUGCAUUUUUUUAGUAACUCUUUUUUUUUUUGAAGAUGUGAGAAUCUAUCAGUUUACAUUGGUCCUGCUCAGUCUAAUUGAGCUCUAUAGCUACAAAGUUUUUUGCUCUUUCUUUGUUUAGAGAAAAAAAUUCUAGAGUUUUUUUUUUGGAUAUCCUUGAAAUAGCUAGGAAGUGUGCGUGCAAGAUAUGCACCAUAUUCAAAGUGUACAAAUUACACAUGAAUAAUAAUAGGAAAUCCUCUUGGCGAGAUAUUUUUGAACAUGAGAUUUUGAUU